UUUCUUCUCAUAACCUUCUUGUUCUACUCUUCAAAUAUGGCGAAACAAUGGGUCUCCUUUUUCGCAUUAGCUUUCAUCGUUUUUGUUCUUGCUAUCUCAGAAACACAAACGGUGAAAGGGGAACUAUGCGAGAAAGCUAGCAAGACAUGGUCAGGCAACUGUGGCAACACGAAACAUUGUGACGACCAAUGCAAGUCUUGGGAGGGUGCAGCCCAUGGAGCGUGUCAUGUGCGCAACGGCAAACACAUGUGCUUUUGCUACUUCAAUUCAUGUGCAGAGGCCGAUAAACUUUCCGAAGAUCAAAUUGAAGCUGGGAAGCUCGCCUUCGAAAAAGCUGAAAAGCUCGACAGAGAUGUCAAGAAAGCGGUACCAAACGUCGAUCACCCAUGAAAGGAUCACUUUCCAAAAAUAGAAAGUUGUAAUUAUGAUAUGAAUAAAAAUAGGAAGUGUUUGUUAAUUGUCACAUUGUGAGCUUCUGUAACGAAGCAUGACGUGGUCAAUCGAGCAUUUUCUUGGUAGUGAUAAGUGUAAUAAUGUAUUCCCUUAUGCUCCUCAUGCAUGAGGGCUUUCAAUCACGUAAUAAGUUGAAGGUCUUUUUGGUAA